UCACAUGAAUAGCCUGCUGAAACUGAUUGCAAACAAAAAUCGAAGUGACGUUCGAAGUGAGAAAUUUUCACGAUCUUGAAGCUUUUUCCUGUUGUUUUUCCCCUUACAAAUAUACAAGGAUAGAGAAGAUUUAAAGAUUGGAGAAUUCCAAGAUGUCGAAUGGGCCCUCUUUGGUUAGUGUGCCGAGGUUAGACUGCGAGAAAGCCGUACAAGAUGGCAUGAGUUUGUUACAACACCUUGAUAAAGGCGARCUACAAGAGUUUAUGGAGAAUGACAUGGUAGAAGUCAAUGUUAAUAACGUUAUUCAGGACCUGGAAGAGAUUAAGAAAAUCCAACAGCUGCGUGAGAUGUUAAUAGCAAGGAACAGAAGCCUAGCUGAAUAUAAUUUGAGUUUGGAGCCCAAACUUGCCAGUGGAAGAGAAAGGCUUAUAGAAUCACAUGAAAACAGGGAGACGUUACAAGCACAGUUUGAAAUAAAUAARCAAGCACUAGCUAAUCURUCUGAUCAGUAUUCCUCUGACACAACCAUGGCACUCCUUCAAACUGCAACAGUUCAAGCAGAAGAAGAAGCAGAGAAAACUGUUGACAAGUUCUUGGAGAGAGAAAUAGAUGUCGACACAUUCAUUCGCACAUUCCAGUCCCAGAAGGCUUUGCAUCACCUGAGAAAAGUCAAAUCUGAAAAGUUGAAUGAACUUCUUCGUCAAAGAACAUCGUCCCAGUGCUCUUAUAACCUUUAAAUGGACAAAAAGUAUUUUGCACAUUGAAUAGCAAGAGAAAAGUURAUGGGGAAACAAGGUUAUAGGAUGAUUAGCAAUAGGUUCUUUGCAUGUUCAAAGGUCUAUGAAAUAAGCCUGAAGCGAGAUAACGUUUUACCCCCAACUCUAUACCAUAAUAGUUUUUAAAAUUCUUUCAUAUUAAAAUUUUUUAUUCCUUAGAGAAUACAGGAACAAUAGUCAUAAUUAAAGACUAACAAAAGCAGUGUGAAAAAGAUUAUGGUCUAGAGACGGGGGUAAAGACUGAAAAACAAACCUAAUGAUUAUUUUCACCUCUUCACUUUUUUUCAAAUGUUUGUUUUAAAGUUUUUCCAUCUGAUUUCUGCAUCGCUAGAGAUGAAUGUCUAAGGCCAGAAUAGUGUUAUGUUUUAAAAUGACCCAAAUAUCUCACUUUAGACCUUUUUAUCUGUAUUUAUUUUAUAGUAUGUGCACUCUGAUUGGUCACGAACUGUGCUUUGUCAGUGAACAAAGCACAGCCAUCUUGACCCAAUGUGGCCAGUUGUCAAAAUUCCAAAGGUCUAUGAAAAUAUAUAGCAUAACCUAGGUAGUAUCAACUUUCAUAUUUUCAGUUGGUAAUCCAAGGUAAGAAUUAAUGGUGUUGAUCUCCCAUUAUACUACAACAACAGCAAACUUAUUUUAGCUUUGGACAUGUAAAUACUGAAUAUAAUUUCAUUAAAAGCUGAUUGAUUAUUUAUCAGAGGAGGGAUGCAUAAAGAUGUUCAACCUUAACAUUACUAUAACAUGCACAAACAGUUUUGGUGCUCAAGGGUAGAACAGAAUGAGCCACUUCACCACAUACAUAGUUCCAGUAGCAAAAAUUGAUAGGUGUUGCUAACUGGAUAUUAUUUGUUUUACCUGAUUAGAUUUUACAAGUAAUUUUUCCCCAUUAAGAUGCUAUUGAAAUAAAUUGGAUGUGACUGGAA